CCUAUAUCGGAACAUAUUGAGACAAUUAUGAGUGCAUAAUGGGCAAGUAAAAAUGAGGGAUGCUGAAAGUUUAUUGGAAAAUGUUCAUAAUCGACAUUCGUGUUUUCGAGGAAAGCAGAAGCAGUUGGUGUCAGUAUCGUAAACAUGGCGAAUAGGCAUUUGGCAAUUGGUGGUUGCUUUAGAAGAAAUGUGCAUGAAUGCAUUGGGAGAAAACCGGCUCAAAAAACGUCAGACGGAGACGAUUAUAGUACAAUAUUUUCAUUUUUAUGAACACUAGAACCGUUUUGCACAAUUACGUAAAUAAAAUUUGCAAUUUCAAAAUAGUGUAUUUUGGGUAAAUAUCAAAAUAGGAGUGCAUGGGGAGAAAAAAUCGAACAUUUAUAUCAGCAUUUUUGAUGUGUACUUGACGAUUUGUGGCGGUUCGGAACGUGAGAGUUGAUGAACCGUUUGGUGAAACGUGGGUGGCCCGUGUGUUAGUACCUGUUAGCUUCAGGGACGUUUUUGUGUUCUAAAGAGCCAGGGAAGUGUAAUUUACAAAACAACGGCACCGUAAGAAGGCAGAAUGACUGCAUUCAGUCUGCAGAGGAAUACUACAGAAUCUAGAGCAGGAGUGGAAAUGUGAUAAGAGCACACUUGUCAAUGCGUUGGCGGAAAAUUUGUCACAUCAGAAUGGUACUGGGAUGUACAUCUCAGUUUGUCAGCUCUUGAAUCAAAAGCAUUACAUUUACCAUGUUGCUAUGAGCAGGUUGGAGUGUGCAGCCCUGGACAGUACUGUGUGAGGAGGAUGGGUGCAGGGCACCGCCUGCGGGCUUAGCAGCCCCCCCGUCCGCGCCGCUCUGCGCCGCGCCGGGGCCAUGCAGCCGGAGCCCGGCCCCGGCCGCUACAUUAACUCUGUAUCAGAUCUGUACGGAACUGAUGAAAUAGAGGUCCUGCUGGAGGAAAUACGCGAACUGGAGCCCACAAGCUAUCGCCCUGACGAGAUCCAGGAUUUUGAAAUAGCUGGUAGCCGGACAGGAACAGGUGAUGAUGAUGACUGUGGCUCACCCAUCAGUGGUACUGUACACUCCUGGGAUUCACACGCUAACUAUCGCCAUCAGCUGCCACGCUCGACUCCAUCUGCUUCCCUGUUCUCUGGUGUUGUGCUAUAUUGUGAUGAAACACACCUCAAGUCAUCUACAGGAGUGGUUCGAGUACUGCUUGUGAUUUCAUCCGUUGCUUGCCUUGCCUGCCUGUGUUCUUCGGGUACAGUGAAAGUGGGACUCUUUAUGCUUCCCUUAAUUGGCCGGCUUCGCCUUAUGAUGUUUGUGACAGUGUUCAGUCUUCUAGUGACAUGUUUGUUUAUUUUCCUGGACAUAUCACAUAUUGUGUAUUUCUUUCCAUUUAACUGGGGAAAAGUGAAUGGAUUUUUCUACGUGAGUGUGAGUGUGCUGUAUCUAAUUAGCUCAUCAUUAAUUAUUCAUCUAAUCCAUGUAUACCACGAGUCAUACUCUUGGGUUCCAAAAUGGACUCGAGAACAGCUUCUCAUAGCAGGGGCACUGGGAUAUGUCUGUGCCCUGGAAGCGCUCUUCCUGUCCAUCAUCACCCGCUGCAGGUCGCCUCCCUACAGGCCUGUGGACGAAGAUCCCAGCCAGGUGACUGCCCUGCAGGAAAGACCGACCUCUCCUGCAAGGCUGGUACCAUCACCCCCACCAUCACCUCACUGGGCAGAACCUUCCACGUCUGGUCUGCCCGGACCCUCACCGGCACCCGUCGACGAUGACAGAGUUCGACCGUGCUCAUCCAAAUAUUUGGACAUGUACUCUGUCACACGAUAGCAAUCACGAGCAGCAGAUCUGUAGGCAGCAAGGAACAUAGGUAAUUACUAUGGUGCAGAUCUGUUUCGUCGUUACUGAGGUAGUACAAUCCAGCCAACUUUAAUGAAAUUGCUGUUUUGAAGUGUCAACGAUGUGGCA